UUGAAACCCUAUUUGCUCCCUGUUCAUCCCUUCCAGCUUUCUGCACGGUACUGUGUUUUUUUUGGUGUAAUGUUAUGAGCAGUUUUGCAUACAAGUCUCGAAUCCGUAAUCAACAUGCUUACAUGAGGCCGCUUGGAGUAGGUUUGUUUCUUCAUUCUGUGGGGCUAGAAUUCCAUUAUCGUUGUAACUCUCCUCUCCAGCCAAGCAGUAAACUUCACAUUUGGUGAAUCUGUUGACCUCAUGCCGAAGCUUUCAACUGCAUCCAAAACCCCCAUUUCUUCAUCAAACCGUAAAUCAGUUUUUUUGCGUGAAUGGUGGCUGAUAGAGGUCGAAAGGGACUCCAAAUUGGGCAUUGGAGGCUUUGUUAACAGAGAGACGCUAGGUUCACGAGGAAUGCGACUUUUGGGCUCUGCAUCAGUUGGCAAGAGGUACAACCUCAACGCACCUGAAAAUGGAAUUCAAGUUUUUGCCUCUGCAGCAAUUGCCAAGAGGCUUGAUAACAACACUCUUGAAGCAGUAGAUGGCAUCACAAUCACGAUUAGUGGUUGCAUAAAUAGGUCACGCACGCUGUCUUACGGCUUCUCAGCUGAGGUUUGUGAUCGUUUCCUUUCUGGAUUUCCUUGUAACUGGGAAGAGUAUGCUGCUAAAUCUUACCGUGACAAAUGUGCCAAUACAACUAAACGAUCCUUGCCCAUGUCAUUUGAUGAUCUUCCCGUCACUCGGGUACGGGAUAUACUGUUGUCUACUAAUGGAGAAUCUGAAUCUUGUGCUUUUACGAGCAUUAUUUUGAGAGAUAUCUUGAAACAAUGUAGUGGACACUCUCUUAAUCAAAAUGGUUCUUCAGUUGAUUCUGUUAUAGAAACUGAAUUUGAUCAUAAGCAACAUGAUGGUCUUUCUUUGUUGAAUCCAACUCAGAAGAUAAUCAAAGAUGCUCAUAAGAUUCAUAAGUUUCCGGUUGAUUUACAUGAUAGAGACAUGAAAAGUUCUAAAGAAAUUGAAGAUGACUACAAGCAAGGGAACGAUGGUUCUAUAUCGAAUGCAAACAAGAUAUCCAAAGAAUCUCAAGCAAACACUCAUACUCAGGCAGCUGUCUAUAUCUCAUCUCAACCAGCUGCUAAUUUAGCAGCAUCCUCUCAAAAGCUAACAAGGACGAGUAAAAAUUCACCAAGAAGAUCUACAGAAAUAAAAGCGAGACAAUCAAAGCGAUUGAAACGGGAUUAAUCAAAGAGCUUGUGCUAACAGGUCACGUUCUUCAUAGUCCAUACCAGAUUCUGUUUCAAAGACUCGAACUCUUCCUCGCUUAAUUUUGGUACUGGUGCUCUCAACUCUCGCUCUAUUCGUCUCUAUGAUAUCCAUCCUGGUAUCAAAUAAAUUUCAGUUAUGCAUGAUUGAUUAUAAGCUUGUUCAUUUGUAGAUUAACUGUAAUCUUACUCAAAUUCAAGUUCUUUGAUUUUGAGCAGGUUAUAAAGGUUUCUGAUAUAGUUAAAAUUGGAUGUACUCACACUCGAGAUACAUUUCGUGAAAGGAUUCUGGUAAGAUUUGGAACUGAAUUCCAUUCCAAUUCCAUGUUUGGUUUAAAGAGAAGUCCAGAAUCGAAAUCCCUUGAUUUCAACACAUCAGAUUUAGAAAUCCCAUAAAGAUAGUUGGCAUUUUACAGGAUUUCAUUGGACGUGCAACAGUUAUUUUACUAAAAAGUUGGCACAUUAAUCUUCUUUUCAUGUUUUGCUUCUCU